CUUACAUAUCUGCUCGAUUUUUGUGUGACGAAUAUCGAUUGGUCUAGUUGUGUUUAUUUAUAUUUAGAAUAAGCAGGCGCGGUGUUCUUAUUUUGUUUACACAUAUUAGAGUGCUUCCAUUUUAUACUCUUGGAUUAAAGCAUCAUUUAUCUUCCAUGAAGAGAACAAGAGAGAAAACAUCAAAAGGAAAAAAGAGAAUUGAAACAGAAGCUACAAGUUGUUACUUUCCAGCAGCUACUGAGAAGGAAAUUGGUGCUGUAAACUCCAAUCUGGUGAUCUCAGAAACAUGUGGAAGCAUCAGAUUAAAGGAAGAAUUCUUUGACACAUACUGUGAAGACUUAGCCAGGAACCUCAUAGGGAAAGUACUUGUUAGAAAAUUUGAUAAUAGAACCUUGAAAGCUAGAAUUGUUGAAACAGAAUCUUACCUUGGUGGUGUUGACAAGGCUUCACAGUCUUACAAUGGGAAAAUUACUGAGAGAAACAAACCAAUGUUCAUGAAACCUGGAACAACUUAUGUAUAUCUCACAUAUGGAAUGUACCAUUGCUUCAACAUUUCUAGUCAAGGGGAUGGGGCUGCUGUUCUUAUAAGAGCAUUGGAACCAAUUGAAGGAUUGAAUUACAUGUGUCUCCAGCGACAGCAAAGUAGGAAAAGAAAAAACGAUGGAAGUGUAAAAAUGUCAUUGCAAAAAAAUAAUCUGAAACCACAUGAACUAUGUAAUGGUCCAGGGAAGUUGUGUAUUAGCAUGAAUAUUGAUCGUCAUACUUGCAACAUGAAAGAUUUAAGUCUGUGGGAAGGGAUGUGGAUUGAGGAAGAUAAUGAAAGUCGUAAAAUAUCAGAAAGUGAGCUUUUUGUUAAAACACACAGAAUUGGUAUUGAUUCUGUUGGUGCGGAGUGGGCUAAGAAACCACUUCGUUAUUAUCUAAUGGGAAACAAAUCUGUUAGUCGGUUGGAUAAGCAGAAGGAGUUAGAACUUAGAAAUAUGGUUGUAUCAUCUUCAUGAGACACCCACUUUUGUGCAAUAUGUCCCUUGUGUUUUGUUACCAUGUUACUAGAACAGUAACUAAACUUAGUGUAAGAUUUUUGUAUGGUGGUGGACCAGUGGUUGGAAAAACUAGAAUACCUUCAUAUGAAGAGGCAUUAUUGUUCACACAUACAAAGUUGACACUUGGCACGGUGGCUGAUGGGAGGGACGCAAAUGGGAAAUGCCUUUGCGAUCGCUCACAUCAGGC